UUGGGAACCAGACAAUCCAAAAUGGCGGAUAGACUUGCUUCUCAAACGCUACAGAAAUUUGCGGAAUUAGAAGAGCUCGCUCAAGAAAUCAUGGAAGAUAAACAACAGAUAGUCGAACUUGAUAGGCAGAGGAAUACGAAUAGAGAGGCUCUUCGGAUGCUAAAGAAAGAGGACAAAAGUGGAAACAAUGGGGCGUCAUCUUCUAAACCUUGGGUGUGCUUUGGAAACAUGUUCAUCAAGCUUCCAAAUGGUAAUGUGCAAGCAAUGUUGCAACAAGAUCAGAAGAACUUGGAUGAGGAAGUAAGCAGGCUGAGGAAAGAAUUAAAGCCUAAAGUGUCAAAGCUUCAUGAACUGGAAGGAUUGCCAGAGGUGAAAGGAUUCGACUUAACUGCUUUGACAAAAGAUGAUUUGCAGAGUCUGGAGCCAUGAUUCCUCCAAGUAGGAGGAGACAUGGUUGCAAUACUACCUUGCACGUGGACUCUUCACUCUGUGAACAAGUCAUGUAAGGCUGAAGAAUAUGACAAGAUACAAAUCUUCAGUUGUCAAAACAGCAAAGGUAUACCUUUGGAGGAAGGGAGAGAGAACUGGGGUGCAAGUGAUCCCCCAGCUUGACAAGAAAAUCCUGCCUACACCUUGGAAGAAAAUGCAAGAUAUGAUUUCAGUGAACUUUAGAGCAUCAUUGUUUACACAUGGAACACUAGAAACUGAUCCUUGCCUUGUUUAAUAUGUUAUUAUCGCCUGACUUUUGUUUUGGACAUUUCCAUCAGUUGAAAAAGCAGCAAUAAAUAUUCACUAUUCUUAAGC